UCCCACCACCGUCGCCACAACCCGAGAUCGCAACCCCCCGGCGAAGAUGCAGAUCUUCGUGAAGACGCUGACAGGCAAGACGAUCACGCUCGAGGUCGAGAGCAGCGACACCGUCGAGAACGUCAAGGCCAAGGUCCAGGACAAGGAAGGCAUCCCGCCGGAUCAGCAGCGGCUCAUUUUCGCCGGGAAGCAGCUGGAUGACGGCCGCACCCUGGCCGACUACAACAUCCAGAAGGAGUCCACGCUGCACCUGGUGCUCCGCCUCCGCGGCGGCGGCAGGGGCGGCUACCCCACCAUGCGCGUCCCGUGGGAUCUCAUCAACCUUGCCCGCAAGCACAAUGAGAAGAAGAUGAUCUGCCGCAAGUGCUACUCACGCCUUUACCCCAAGGCCACAAACUGCCGCAAGAAGAAGUGCGGCCACAGCAACGCGCUGAGGGCCAAGAAGAAGCUCAUGUGAGCCAUUUGGGAAUUGAAGCUCAGCUCACAAGCGACGACAAUCUGUGUGUCAUCUGAUAGCUCCAUGCACCAGCUGAAUAAUUUGUCUCGAGCGUUUUACAUCUGUUAUCGAUCAGGGGUUGUUAGUU